AUCCAACCUCACCCACUCAAAAGUGGUGGGCUGUAUGAAUCACUUUAGAGAAUCGAUUCUUGCGAACGAUGAGUUUAAGUGAAUCGAACUAUGUUAGAUUUGAUUCAUUUGAUACUGAGUACUGAGUCAUCUUCAGAAUAUUGUCGCACUUUCACUGGUUCAUAGACCACCAUGGUGUCCAGACGGGAGCGCAAAGAGUUAACUCUAACUUUUACAAAGCUAUAUACAAAUAUAUAUAAUAAUAAUACUUAUUAUUAAUUUAUUAAUUAUUAUUAUUAUUAUUAUUAUUAUUAUUAUUAUUAUUAUUUAUUUAUUUUUUUUAAAGUAAUCGAUUUUUAGCUAAAAUAGCCCUCUCCUUUCAGAAGAUGAAAUAUUUCUGAAAGAGGUGACAUCUGGAAAUUGUAUUAAAUUUAUUCACCUAUAGAAAGCACCCAGAAAGUUCACACACGUCGAUGAAAAGUGAUUUAUUAAUUGAUCGAUUUAAUCAUUUAGACAGUUGAACCUGCUUAUUAUUAUUCACGUGAGCUUGAACCUACAGCACAGCGGGCCUGCAGGACAGAGAUGGGAAAUCAACAGGUAAACACAGAACUCAUACUGGUUCCCAAAUGAAUCCCGUCGAAAGAACUAGCUGUUCACGAAUCCGACUCUGAGGAAUCGAGUUAAAGAGUCAUUGAUUCAGUGAAUCAAAGUUUCGAGCUAGUUUAUUUCCAUGUGACAGAUAUGAAGACGCUCUGUCGGUAGCACAAAUAGGGCUGCCUAAAAAAUAAUAAAUAAAUAAAUAAAUAAAUAAUAAAUAAAAAUAAUAACAUCACGGAGGGGAUGGACGCUUCUAAGCCAGAGUUAAUUGUUGUUACAGGGUUUGGUCCAUUCCGACAAUACCUGGUGAAUCCAAGUUGGGAAGCAGUUAAGGGUUUAAAGAGAGUGGGCCUUGGAGCAAACGUUGAGAUUCACAUUGUUGAGAUUCCUGUGUGUUACUCAAAAGCUCAACAAGCUAUUGCUGAAAUAUGGCACAAUCUGAAACCAAAGGUUGCUAUCCAUGUGGGCAUAGCCUCAGGAACCAAAUGCAUCAUUCUGGAACAGACAGGCAAGAACAGUGGCUAUAAAGACAGGGAUGUGUGUGGCAUCUGUCCAGCUGAUAACUGUUGUAUUCAAGGAGGAGCAGAACGACUGGAUUCCAUUAUAGACAUGAGGUCAAUUGCCAAGUGCUUGAAAGGACUUGGACUGGAUGUGCUCUACUCUAGAGAUGCUGGGAGGUACCUGUGUGAUUUUGUACUCUAUCUCUCCCUCCAUUAUGGGCAGAGGAGAGCAGCACUCAUCCAUGUGCCUGCCUGUGGCAGUCUGGCGAGCCCAGAAAGACUGGUGCAUCAGCUUCAGACCAUUAUCCAGGUCAUGUUAUGCCAGCUUGAUGCACAAAGCAUCUGACCUACAGCAUCAGAGAAUGCUGAUGCAACCAACAACACAUGAUGAAUUACACAGUGCUUAAAAAGUCCAGUCAAAAAACAACGCAAUAAGUAAAACUCAACACUGGCAUUUUGUCCCAUUCACUUUUUUAAUUCAAAAUUUAAGAAAAAAAGAAAAUACAUGAAAAUUCUUCAGAUACACAUUAAGCCAAUGUCAUGUAAAAAGUAUACCGUCUGAACUAGAAGUGAGGAGAAAAUAAAAAUAAAGCGAGGAGGCCUCAGAUACAUAAUUUACGAGAA